AGAAUUUGUUGAUGCCUUCUGCCUUCAAGAAUCUCAAGCUGCUCUGAUGAUAGCUUAAGAAGACUGCAUGCUGUUCCCUCUAGAUGCCGAGCCAGGCCCACUUGGAACCUUGGAACUCAAUCCUUCAUGGAGACCAGUUCCCAGCAGGAAUGGCAGUGGAGGAAAUUGGCACCCAGAUGGUUCCUCCGCGUGAAGUUGUCUCAGGAUACAGGCCGACGCAGGAACACCUGGUAGCCGGGCUUGCCCUCUGUCAGUCAUCCAGGGCAGGGCAGCAUGGCGCGCAUUCGGAGGAGGACGCUUUUGGCAUCUUGCCUGUGCAUCACAGCCACUAUUUUUCUGCUUGUCACACUCCAGGUAGUUGUUGAGCUAGGAAAAUUUGAAAGGAGGAAGUUUAAAAAUUCCAAUUUGCAAAAUGGACACCCAAAAGUGGAGGGAGAGCCUGAACAUCGCUACUCAUUCCUUAAGAAAGAAGCAUUGACCCCAAAUGGGAAAAAAACACUGGACACUGAUAGCUACCCCAUUAUGCUCUGGUGGUCCCCGCUGACGGGGGAAACGGGAAGGCUAGGCCAGUGUGGGGCAGAUGCUUGCUUCUUCACCAUCAACCGGACGUACCUGCAUCACCACAUGACCAAGGCGUUCCUCUUCUAUGGUACUGAUUUUAACAUAGAUAGCUUACCCCUACCUCGGAAAGCCCAUCAUGACUGGGCCCUUUUUCAUGAAGAGUCUCCGAAAAACAAUUAUAAGCUCUUUCACAAGCCAGUCAUCACCUUGUUUAACUACACAGCUACGUUCAGCAGGCAUUCCCAUUUGCCACUAACUACCCAGUACCUGGAGGGGAUAGAAGUCCUGAAAUCACUCCGAUACCUGGUUCCUUUGCAGUCCAAAAACAACCUCCGACAAAGACUGGCUCCGCUGGUGUAUAUACAGUCAGACUGUGAUCCACCAUCAGAUAGAGACAGCUAUGUUCGGGAGCUGAUGACUUACAUCGAGGUUGACUCCUAUGGUGAGUGUUUACGAAAUAAAGAUCUCCCCCAGCCACUGAAAACUCCAGCUUCCAUGGACACCGAUGGCUUUUACAGGAUCAUUGCACAGUAUAAGUUUAUCCUUGCUUUUGAGAAUGCAGUUUGUGAUGACUACAUCACAGAGAAGUUGUGGAGACCACUGAAGCUGGGGGUCGUCCCUGUGUAUUAUGGGUCUCCUAGCAUCAAAGACUGGCUUCCAAGUAACAGAAGUGCUAUUCUUGUGUCAGAGUUUUCUCACCCCAGAGAUCUGGCAAGUUACAUCAGACAACUGGAUUAUGAUGACAGACUCUAUGAGGCCUACAUAGAAUGGAAGCUGAAUGGUGAGAUCUCCAACCAGCGACUUCUCGUGGCUCUCAGGGAACGGAAGUGGGGAGUGCAAGACAUCAACCAGGACAAUUAUAUCGAUGCAUUCGAGUGUAUGGUUUGCAGCAAGGUGUGGGAUAAUCUUAGGCUUCAGGAAAUGGGCUUACCACCCAAAAGGUGGAAGGCAGAAGUUACCCACCUGAGUUGCCCGGAGCCUACAGUGUUUGCUUUCUCACCUCUGGCUCCACGUGGGAGCCCUUUGCGAGGGAUGUGGAUACCAAGCUUCCAGCAAUCUAAGAAAGAAGCCCAGGCACUAAGGUGGCUGGUGGAUAGGAAUCAAAACUUUUCAGCUCAAGAGUUUUGGGCCCUUGUAUUCAAGGACUAAUUUCAGAAAGUAUCAGAAUGACAUAGACUAAAGCCUUCUUGAGGUUGAUUUUGUAGGUUGCCUUAAUACUUGAAUACAAUAGUUAUUUUUUUAACUAUCCUUUAGGAUAAGAAUUAAUUGCUGCAGUACUCAUAGGAGCCCUAUCAAAUAAUAGAAACGAAUGAUCCUAAGGGGUCACCUUUAUAUUUUUAUACUAAAAAAGUAAAUAUUUCUUAUGGACAUUGGUCACCUUCAAUUUUCAUGUCUGGAUUCCUGUACCUGCUGCCUUUUGUGGAAAUUCUAACGUAGAGUGCUUUCCUUGCUGCCGGGAGGCGGAGGCUCUGCUGUGGAUUCGUGAUUCUUACUAUCAGCAGUUUAUUGGUACUUGGCAAGCCCAGUGUCCUGAUGCUGAGCAUGAAUGUGAAAUGCAUUACAACUUGGCAAUGAGAGAUUCCAUCUGUUGGUUUCCAGGGAUGUUACAUGAGUAACCAAAGCUGUGUAAAGUUUA